CGUAAACACACAUCAGUUUCUGCUAUUCUAUAUAGUGUCAAAAAAUUGUCAUAUACUCUGUUAAUUUAGAAAAGUUUACAAAUUUCGUUAAAUAAAACAAUACAGAAAUUAAAAACAAUGAGCCUCGUGGCGUAUGGCAGUAGUGAUGAGAGUGAAAAUGAAGACGAAUACAACGACCAGCCGCAAGUAGAAACGAAAAAUCCAGCUUUGGCUGCACCAAAUGAAAAGAAAAGCAAUGAUGUUCCAAAAUCGUCUGCCUCAAAAUCAGAGAAUGUUGCCGAUAUAAACAGAGAAAUCCCAACGCAUGAUAAAACUCAAACUUCGGCAAUUAAGGAUGGACAAAAAAGUGCCAAGUUAAAUUUGCCUAUUCCAAAAUUAGAUCAAAAUCAAGACUCGAGUAGUGAUAACACUGAGUAUUCCACAGACGAGGCCUUACCAGAUUUUAAUGUCCUGCCCAAGCCUAAGAUGAUUCUCGUUGACGAAAUCAAGGAAGCUGACAGUGUACCUGUUCCCAAAAAAAUUGAUUAUGGCAGUAUUGAAAUGCCACCUAAAAAGAACAAAGGACCUGCAAAAAUAUCCAUUCCAUCUCUAUCAGAUUUUAAGGACUUAGAAGAAGAGGACGACGCUUCUAAAAGACAUACAGUAAAAGCAUCUAAUAAACAGUCAGGUCUUAUUGGGAUACUACCACCACCAAAGGGUUCAAUAUCGUUGACAAAGGCUACUUCAAUGUUGCCUAAUGUUUUGACAAGAAAAACAAUUGAAUCCAAGCCUUUGAUUCCACAACCUCUAAAUAGGACUACCAUGAAAAAACCUGUUAGCCAAGCAAAACCUUCAACAUUAACAUCUUUGUCUAGUUAUACUUCUGAUUCAGAAGACGAUGAUGAAAAAGGAUCGUCAUCAGACUUCUUUUCCUUAUCCACACCAGCAAAAAUUCCUGAUCAAUUGUUACCUAUGAGCAGCAUUGAUAUGAUUGAUGAUACAGCUUCCUCUUCAAGUAUGUCUAGUAGUUUACUUCACAACGACAAUACUAUACAACAGUCAGAAGAUGAUUCAAGAAAAAUUCUUAGAAAUAAUGUAAUGGAUAUUUCUAAAGAAGAAAUAAUAUUGAAAAAUAAAGCAGAAGUUGGUCCAAAGUUACCCAUUCCAGAGCAAGAGUACCAUGUAGAUUCAGAAGGCAAUGUUGCUUUUGAUGAAAAAGCCAUCGAAUACUUGUGUGGAAAACGUGGUGUUAAAAGAAAGAAUGAACUGAGUAAAAUAGAUGUAGUAGAAAUUAGUGGUGACGACAUCAAGCCAGAUGAAAGGGAAUGGCUUGUCAAAGCACUCACAGAAGAGCAAACUCACCGACCUAUCUCUAUUAGUUCAGGUCCUGGUGGACAAUCUAAGAAAAAACAUCAAAUCACAUACUUGGCUCAUCAAGCCAAAGCUAUGGAAUUGGAAUUAAAGAACCAGUGGGCCCAAAACAAGGCUAAUAGACAAGCUACACGGUCAAAAUACGGUUUUUAAAUGUGCUCUUGUAAAAAUUGUUUGCUCAUGAUAGAAUGUUACUGCAGUAUACUUACAAAUUAAA